AUGAAGUCGGAAAAUCCAGACGCUAAGCACUUCCUCUCGAUCCCAUGGGCCGCGGCGCAUAUCGAUGCGCCGGGGACGGUCCGCGAGACGGCGUCGUCGCGGUUCCCGAAGCAGGACACCGAAGACGAGCUCUUUUCGACAACGCUGCACACCGACAAGACCAUCGCGGCAUUCCUAACGCUGUACAAGCGGCCAUCCGCUGCUUCUGGGGAGAACAUGAUUCGCGAGGUCAAGGCAUUGCUGACCCUGCGGCACGGGGUCAACGGGUACCCCAAUGUCUCUCACGGGGGGAUCGUGGCUACGAUUCUGGACGAGGUUAUCGGGCUGGUGUUCCCGGUAAACAAGAUCAACGGGCUGAUCCCAGACGGGGCGUACAUGACGGCGUAUCUCAAUACGCAGUACGUCAGGCCCGUUCAGACGCCGCAGACCAUCUUGGUGGUGGCUACGGUGAAAAAGGUCGAAGGGCGCAAGUACUGGAUCGAGGGCGUGAUUGAGGACAAGGACGGCCAGGUCUUGGCCAAGGCGGAGUCGUUGUAUGUGAAGGUUACGCAGAAGCUGUGA